UACAGCUUUUGAACAUCAGUGGAACCAGACGGCCCACACCUAAUGGCGGUCAGUCUCCAGGCAAGGGUCAAUCAACAAGGCAGAGUCCAAAACAGUACAGACAGUGAGCAAGCAAGGCACGGUCAAAAACAAGAGCCAGGGUCAGUACAAAGAGUCCAUAACAAAGGGAACACAACACAAGGUCCGAUACGAGACCUGGCUUGGCUGGGCGGCAGUGGAGCUCGACUGAGCAGAAGCUGGGCUUGGCCGGACAGCAACCAAAACAGGGGCCAGACCUGGCUGAAGUGUUGCGUGCGUUGACUGAGGCUGGGCUGGAGCAUGAGCGAGACGGGGCAGAGCUGGGACUAGGGAUGAACUUGAAGACUGGGCUGGAGCCUGAGCUGGAGCUUGGCAUGACAGGGCAGCAACAGAAGUGGGGUCUGACUGCUCCAGCUGGGCUAGGGCUGGAAACAGACGUGGACACAGGACAGGUGCUUGAGCAGGCUGUGGAGGUCGAACUAGAGCUCCCAGCCAACCUGCCUGCUCUCUGCCAUGCUGUCAGCGCUCGCUGCUACUCGCUUCUCCUCCCGUCCCCACGCCUGCUAGCAGCAGUUUGCUUCACCGCCUGCGUGCUGCUCGCCUGUCUGCGAGCGUGCCUGUCACUGUUUCAUCUAAUAAACUUAUUCUUCUGCACCUGGCCACUUGUCGGCUUUCGUUAGGGUCUUCGCCGCCUGUGGUCCCGGCGCCCUGUUGUGAAACCUGCUCUGUACCAAUUGACUGGUGCUCGUCGUUAUAAUGGAGUCACAGGCAAAGCAUGGGCACAGUCUGGGUUGUUCAUGUUUGUCACUAGGAUCAUUUUUACUUGUUUAGCCCCACAUUAAUUAAACAUGUCAAGAACUAGCUUGUCUCCACCAACCAGUGGAGCUAUCUUCUGUCACCUGCACGGCCCCUGAAUUAGAUGCAGAUUAAUUCCUAUAUUUACUUUGUUGCAUGGUUACACAUUUAUUUUUAAUGUAAAUCGGUUAUUUGCUUUUCCUUUUGCCUCCAUAAUGUGUUUUUGAUGUUUUUAGGCUUUGGAUUUCUCAUUAUAUGUAAUUCAUAGCUUUCCAUGAGAGAGCUGAUGUAAAGAGACUCGUGAGAGAUUAUAAAAGAUCAAUUUUGCUUGUUUGGUCGAAGUCUUUUAUUUCAUUUGGAGAAGUGAUGAAUAGCGAACUGCACUUAACCUUUAAAUCACAAGUAAUAUUUAUGAAAUUUUCAUCUCAUGGUUUAUACAUGAUGCUUUUUUUCUUCUAUUAAUCCUUGUCUGUGCUUUGUGUAAUGCUCAAUGCUGGUGUUUAAAGCACCUCUAUAACUACACACUUUAAAAAAUAUCAAGCACUUGAAUUCAUAGGUACAGUGAUUAAACCAAAACCAGGAGUCUGGACAUUCUUCAAGUCUGCACAGACCUUCAGCUGAACAAAAAUACGAAAUAUAAAAAUAGUGUGGCUAUUUUAUUUAAAUAUAUAUUUACAGUGAAUUACAUUGACCUAUUACUGAUGGUAUUUGAAUGCAUAAAUUCAUGUACUGAUGUCUCCUAUAGUCUAAACUAUUCACUGAAAUAAUUUCACACAUUUUAAAAUUUAACUUAUUACUGAAUAUGUCCUCAGACCUAAGCCAUGUUUAAGGCUAAAUCUAAUGUCUAAUCUAAGUAAUCGUGUGACAAUUGAAUAUAUUAUAUAGUAUCGGAAUACUAGCUUAAACUAUCUUAGUGACUAUAGCUUACGUACAGUAGAUUGAUUAUAGAUCAUUGUAUUUGUUACGCCCCCUUCUGUUUUGGUUUUGUUGUUUGUUUCACCAGGUGCCUGCAGACAGGAAGUGGACAUCAGAGCGGAGUGGUGGCACAAGCUUAGGUUGCUGAGUUUAAAUACCUCUGCCUCAGUGAUUGCAGGUCUCUCUUGCACUUAACAGCAUUUGCGUGGUUUGGUUUCUCUUUUGUUUUGACUGCAUACAACACUAACACACACCUUACUAGUCACUCAUUCAAACACUCCAUACACUACUGACAUUGAACCUACUUACACACCAUAACUAUAUUUGCUUGUUAUAUUAAUUGAUUGAUUGAGUUAAUUAAACCUGACUUGCAUCCCCUCUUUGUCACAAGUGUGGAGACAGUUUGUGACAUACUGUAUAAAGUUAUUGUUUUACCUGCAAUGCAACUGAGCAUGACAGGAAUGCUGUACAUUCAGGCUUUGACUCUUUCUGUUUGGACAGUAGUUCCUUUAAGUUUCUUCCCUGUUUGCAACACGUUUAGUAAAAAUGUACGGUAUUUACAUGUACAAGGGUUUUUUUACAUAGCGGAGCUAUGAAACUUAGAACUAGUCCCACUACAUUUUUUUUAAAACCAAGAUACUGUAAGUCUGUUGUAUUAGGUUCAUGUACUUUCAAUUCAAACUCCAGGUAGUCCUGAUUUACAUUGCUUGCAUUGUUUGUGCUGAGAUCAACAAAGACUCCAUCAGUUUCACUUUCAGGUUUUGUGUAAUGUUUAUCAUGUGUCCAGCAGGGUCCUAUACUAUUUGCCUUACUAUUUUCUUAAAUACACUUGUAGUGGAUAUAAAUCAAUAAUUUUAAUAAUGCAUAAUUUAAUAAUUAAUCAUUUUAAUGCAGAAACGUUCCUCAAUUCCGAAGCAUAGGCCCCAGUGGCCUCAUGUACAAAAACUUUCCUACUAAACUUGGUGUAAGUUCAAAAUCCAGAAAACUGUGUAAGUAAAAAUGUAUUAACCUCUUUUGAGUAUGAAUCGAAUUCAUUUGAGUAUGAAUAGAAGUAAAUGCAGGUGAUUGAGUAGCAGACUCCUCCCGUGGCACGCCUCGAUAUAAAUAUGUUAAUUCAUUUAAAUGCAGUCUGGUUCUGUGCAGUAGGCCAAGCAGGACCGUGUGUGCAGGUGUUAAUGCUGCAGGUUCCACACAGUAGCGAAAGUCUGACAUAAAGGGGGUGCACAGAUUCUAUUCGCAACAGGAAUUAAUAUUAAGGCCGUUAAAUUAUUUACUGACCACGAAGCCACCGAUCUGGUGGUUCAAAUCUGAUACAAUUAUUGGAUCCUCGUUAAACCAGGCACCUCGCUACAAUGUUGCUGACUGUAUGCUGCUGUAACUGCAUUUGUGCGUCAGAUUAUUUGUACAUUGAUUAAGUAAAGAUGUUUCCUGUUGAAUCAUGUUUCAUCCAAUCAUGUGUCCAGUCGAUGGGUCCGGUCACAUUAGGUGAACCGGCUCUCAAUGCAAACUGCUUUAAUGUUGCUGUGAUCAACCGUUUAAUGGGAACUCGAUGCCUUGCUGACAUAAAUCCUCUAUUACUGUAGAUCCUCUAACAGAUCAUCUACCAGGGCUGUUGAAUAUAUGUUUGCAUUGUUUUGCUCAUAUUUAUACAUCUUCUCAUCUAAUUGCAGAUGUGUGGCUGCACAAUAAUUGUUGAUGAUUGAGUAGAUGUUUGUGGGAGAGUUUGUGGUUGUGUGUGCGUGCGUGUGGUGCGGUUGGUGUGUGGGGGGUCCGUUUUUUACUCGGGGUACGUGGAUCCGCUGCCUGUGUGGUCUCUUCUGCCGACCCUUACCAAUGGCCGGCCACAUGUUGCGGGGUGUAGCGGCCAAGCUGUGGCCAAGCUGUAGUGUUGUGUUACAACACUAUACAAGUGGCGUACAUGUGCCUCAAACACAGACAAAGAUAUGAUACAAUAAACCGUUAGCAUGUCGUUACAGCUAGCCCUGGGCUAGUUUGCGACCCACGUAUGGAUCUACCACUGUGAUACUUUAUGCAACACACAUAAACAAGGACUCAUAUGAAAGCUCUAAUUCGCAGGAAUCAUAUAGCAUGCUAGCCAUCACAUGAGGUGAGUUAUUAGCCAAAGAAUGAAAAACGCUUGGCUAAUCGCUAGAUAAAGAAUCUACACAUUCAAAUAUCAUCACACAAAGUCCAUAUUACCAGUGAACUGAUCCCAUUCUCUUUUAUUUCUAGCUUCUGGGAGGUUACCCACUCACUGUACUUUCUAGCCCUACAGUACCACUACUUACUAUCUUAGUGACUAUAGCUUAUGUAUACUGUACAGUAGAUUGUACAGUAUACAUAAGCUCAUUGUAGCUCAUUGUAUUAUAGAUCAUCGACUGUACAAAGCUAUUGUUUUACCUGUAAUACAACAGACCAUGUCAGGAAUGCUGUACAUUCAGACGUUGAUUCUUUCUGUUUGGACAGUAGUUCCUUUAAGUUUCUUUCCUGUUCGCAACACACAGCAAAAUGUAUAGUAUUUACAAGUAGUUUUCAUGCAGCAGAGAUUCUAAGGAACCUUGGAACCAGUCCCACCACAUUAUUUAACACUAAGAUACUGAAAGUCUUUUGUAUUAGGUUAUUUUUACUUACUUAUUAGUCUGUUGGCUUAUGUACUUUACAUUCAAAUUGCAGUUAGUCCUGAUUUACAUUGCUUGUACCAUUGUUUGUGCUGAGACGUAACUCAGUAAAGUGAUACAACUGUCGAUUCAGGGAUUGUAUGGAUUAUGUGGCUAGAGUUAUAUCAUGAAAAUUCUACCAAUGAGUUUUUGGGUAAUUUUUAUCAUUCUCGUAUUCCAGCAGGGUCCUUAACGCUUUCCCAUACUGUUCUCCUGAAUACACUCUAUUCAUUUAUGUUAUAGUUUCUGUGCACUUGGCAGGUUUAUAAAAAUAUACCACUACAAUGUGUAGAACUUUCAAAGUUGUUCAGUGUGAUAAUUUUUCCUGCUUUUCCACCUGGUUUGUAUACAGCAGAGUAACUUCCCCAGUGCCAUUAGAUAGAUAACCCUCUAGGUCCAGUUCACCUUCACCAAGGCUACAGAUUUUGAUAGCAGUGUCAAAACAUGACCUAGUAUUUGGUAGCAAACACUCGUUGGCAUCACAGAGGUUGGACAUGGAGAUGUACUGUACCAAGACUCUCUAUGGAGGUUUUCUCAACCACUUUGGUUGGGGUAGGGUUUUUCUUUGUGGGCAUGCAUACUGUAGAUCAUGACUUUCUAAAAACAGGCUUCUUGAAAUAACUACUAUUUCAAAGUUUCUUGAAAUAACUUUCAAGAACCCUUAUUCUCUACCCCUCAUAGCCUCAGCCUUUGAACUGUUAAAAGGUUUCACAAUUUCACUAAGUUUUAGAGGGCUGGAAAACAUUUCCAUGCACCCUCCGUUGGGCAUUCUGUGUGUCUUAAUCCAUAGUUAAAAAGGGCUUUUCGGACAGCACCCAAGAAAUACAUAAUAACUCAGUCAGUCACCAAUACAAACAUGUUUUAUUGGUGACUGACUGAAUUAUAAUAUAUAGUAGUUCUUUUUGCUGUCCUAGUAAAUAUGAGAAAUAUAAUAAUGAUCAAAUCACGAUGGGAUAAAUACAUUCAAAUUCAGUUAAUGCUAUCAUCUACAAUAUAUACUGUCUAACCUAUUAACUGAAAUGAUUCAACAUAUAAAAAAUCUGAUUACAUGUCCUCAGAUCUGAGCCAUGUGUUUACAGCUGAUCUCUAUAUGUUUAUGUUCUAACAGUUGAAUAUAGUACUGCUUUGCACUGGAAUACUAUCUUAUAUUAGGUUAGUGACUAUCUUAUGAAUUGAUAAUAUAUUAUUUUAUCAAAUUUUGUAUUGUUAUACCUGCAUUGCAACUGACUGUGAUCCAGGCAUUGACUUUUUUUCUGAACAGUUCCUUUAGUUGCUUUUUGCAACACACUUGCAAAAUGUACUGUACAGUAUUUACAAGGAGAUUUCACACAACAGAGCUCUUCAGGAAACUUGGAACCAGUCCCACUACAUUAUUUAACCCCAAGAUAAGUCAACCGCAUUAAGCUAAGAUCAUAAUCUACAGUAUCAAUUGACUGUCAUUACUGUAAUUUGUACAUACUGUACAGUAUUGUCUCUUAGCAGAUACUCUAGAUUCAAACUUUGGUUGUCCUUAUUUACAUUGCUUGUACUGGUAUGUGUUUUGAAAUCUAACUCUAGAAGAUUUCAACAACAGGUUUUUUGUGAAUGUUUAUCGUCAUCAGUUUCCUAGACACACCUACAAAGUUGUAUUUAUUAAAAGAGGAGGCAUAAACGUAACUACUUCGAUCUCAGACAUCAAAGGAACAUCUUUCAGAGGUAAGAAUCAGGUAUAUGCUUUUCCGAAUGAUCUCAGUUGACAGUUCAAGGAAAGUAAACACUUUCCAGUAACUUAAUCUUAAGUAUAGUAAAUACUUAAUGUGCAAUGAAUUGUUUCUACAAUAACUGGCAUUACUUUUUAAGUUUAAGUUCAUAACCUAUUUACAAAUGCUUUGGUGUAUCUACAUAUAAUGUUUAUAACUCUUUCUUUUGUUUUCUUGUCUACUUGUCUUAAAAGUACUGUACAUAAGCAUCUAAUUAUUUAAAGUUACUGUUAAUGACCUAAUGUGUGACGCAACUUUCAUCCAUUUCAAAAAGUAAGGGGCAACGACUAUGCGACUAUGCCAAGUAAAAGGUCAAGUAAUUUUUCCAUACAUAUUUCUAUAAUAAUGUUUGUGAGUUCAACUAGUACACCGUAACAGUGUACAUAGUACACUGCCUUGGAAAGGUUACAAAAAAGAUUUAAAGGUUUAAUUUUCUUUUUGUUUUGAACUAAGCAAACUAACAAAGCACAUGCAUUGACGAUUUAUAACAAAUAUAGAUUGUUCUCAAGAUUCACAAUAUACAACUGUGCACUUCAUUCAUUGUGCUGGUAUAAGCCAAUGUAAAAGCUAAAGAUAAUUUCUAAAUGAUAUAUAAACUGCCUAUUCAUUCUUUGUAAACAUUGUAAAAAUUACAGUACCUAACACAUUGCUUAAAAUAUCUUUUAAAUCUCUAAUAGACUUCUUUCACAGUCCAGCAUGGUGCAUUACAAAGUGACUGUCUCUACUGGCGAUCGUCUUGAUGCCACAACUUUGAGUGAUGUCUACAUUAAGCUGGUGGGCACUGAUGGAGAGAGCCAACGCAAGCUGCUGAGGGGCUUACAAGGCGCCACAGCUUUUAUGAUAGGACAAGUUUCUACGUUUACUGUCUCCUGCCCUGAAUCCCUUGGAAACCUGGUUCUUAUAGAGUUGGACAAAAAGCCUUCUGUAUUCAUAAUAAAAGACAAUUGGUUUCCUGCCAAGGUAGAAGUGUUGUGCCCUGAGGGAAACACCUGCACGUUCCCUAUCUACCGCUGGAUCAAUAAUGAUCAGACUAAUUACUUCCGAGAAGCCACAGCCAUGAAAGUGUUUGAAGACACCCAUCCCCUCGGAGCUUAUUUUCGCCAGCAGGAGAUGAAGAAGAGAGAGACAGACUAUCACUGGGCUGUUUACGAAGAAGGAUUCCCUCACUGUAUUAAGACAGAUGACAAUCUGUCUCUGCCAGCUGAGGUCCAGUUCUCCUUCACCAAGGAUACAGAGUUUAAGCUCACAGCAGCCACAACUCUGACAGAGCUGAAGCUUACAGGAUAUGUUGACUGCAACAAGACAUGGCCUGAUUUGGAAUCUAUCAAUCGGGUGUUCUGGAAAAAAACUGACAUUUUACCUACUCCUACUUAUCUCAGCUCUUUAAAGAAAAUGUGCUGGUUAACGUGUAAAUUAUUAAGAUCUGCGAUUCAAGAUGGCAGAACACGUCUAUCAAGUCUUUUGGGACCCAUGCCACAUCUAUCUGGGUUUCUGGGACCCAUGUCGCAUCUAUCAGGGUUUUUAGCACCCAUAUCACAUCUAUCACGGUUUUUGGGACCUUUGUUAGAGACAAAGACAAUCCCCGAGUACGUCAUGAAACACUGGAAGGAGGACGCUUUCUUUGGCUACCAGUUCCUGAACGGUGUCAACCCCAUGUUGAUCCGACGCUGCUCUGCUCUGCCCAGUAACUUGUCUGUCACUGAUGACAUGGUCUUCCCCAGUGGUCAGUACAGCUUGGCAGAGGAGAUGAAGAAAGGCAACAUCUUCCUGUGUGACUACAAGAACCUGGAUGGAGUCAAAGCAAACACCAUCAAUGGGAAGCAGCAGUACCUGACUGCUCCUCUGGUCCUGCUCCACAGAACCCCUGAUGCUAAUAUGAUGCCACUUGCUAUACAGCUGAAGCAGACCCCAGCGGACGACAACCCAGUCUUUCUACCUUCUGAUUCUGAGUACGACUGGUUAACGGCCAAGAUCUUUGUGAGGAGUGCAGAUUUCACUGAGCAUCAGCUCAACACUCACCUGCUGCGAACCCACCUGCUGGCUGAAGUCUUUGCAGUGUCGCUGCUGCGAAACCUGCCGAUGGUGCAUCCACUGUACAAGCUCCUCAUCCCUCACACUCGAUACACUCUGCAGAUCAACUACUUAGCUCGACUGUCUUUAAUAUCUGAGACUGGUGUUUUCACAAAGUUUUCAGCUUCUGGUGGUGAGGGAAUGACCACGAUCCUGAAGAGAUCUCUGUCCUCGAUGACCUACAGCUCCCUCUGUUUACCAGAGGACAUUGCUGAGCGAGGACUGGAGGCUGUGCCAAACUUUUACUACAAGGAUGAUGGACUCAGACUCUGGAAAAUCAUCCACAGGUUUGUUGAAGCAGUCAUUGGCAACUAUUACAAGGAUGACACUGAUGUCCAGAAUGACUCUGAGCUGCAAAAGUGGAUUGGGGACAUUUUUGAACAUGGCUUCCUUUCUCAAACAAAGACAGGAAUUCCGCAGAGAUUCUCCACCGUGACAAAGUUGAACAAGUUUGUCACCAUGGUGAUCUUCACUGGCUCAUGCCAGCACGCAGCUGUGAACUCUGGACAGUACGACUAUGGUGGCUGGAUGCCCAACGCUCCCAGCACCCUGCAACUUCCUCCACCGACCAGAAAGGGAACAACAAGUGAGAAAACGAUGCUACAGACACUUCCUGAUAUCAGCACAACAGUUCAGGGCAUGGCAACAAUGUGGCUGCUCAGCAAACAGUCCUCUGACUUUGUUCCUUUUGGCCAGUACCCAGAAGAACAUUUCAGUGAGCGGAUUCCCUGUCAGCUGAUAAAAGCUUUUCAAGCAGAGCUAAAAGAAUUAAGUUCUGACAUCAGAGCCAGAAACAGCACCUUGAAACUCCCAUAUCCGUACUUGGAUCCAGCAGAGCUAGAGAACAGUGUGGCUAUUUGAGUGUUGGGACAUCAGACCUUUAAAAUGAACCAUACAUGACUCAUGGGGAAAGAUUUAGUUUUGAUGUUACUAUAUAUAUAUAUAUAUAUAUAUAUAUAUAUAUAUAUAUAUGAAAGUAUGUUGGGUUUAUUAUGUUAUUGUGUGUACUCCAUAAUCUGAAUAUGUGUAGAGCUACAGUAAAUAUGCAGUAAUACUACUGAAACUGAAUAUGAACCUUGUGGUAUCAGGUAGAUGGAUAAAGUCAUAUUUUAAUUAAAAAAAUUUAGAAAAAUCUAUGUCUCAUGCUUUCUUUACGUUUAUUUCACCUGUACUCUAGGUGCUGCAGUCUGGUACCUGUAACACUAAGAUUAAUAAUAAAAAGAUUGAAUAAUG